AUGUCUGGUUCUUCUGAUGAAGAGAUCUCGAAUGGUAAUCGCGAUGGUUACCAAAGAGGAGGUAGUGACGGCGAUGACGAUGAAGAUGAAGAAGAGGAUCGGAAGAAGAAGAAGAAUCGUGCAAGAGUUGAUUUUAGUUUUGGUAAGAGGUUGGUACUUCGUCAAUUUACGAAAGCGAAGAAUCAAAUUCGGAGAGUCCGAAGCAGAAAGGCUCUUCUUUCGUCUUCGAGGAAUGUGAAUGUGAGUAGUAGAGGUAAGGUGGUGAUUGUUCAUGGUGAUGAUAUUGAUAGUAGUAAUGGUGCUGCUACUCGAAAUGGAUUUGGUUGUAAGUUUUGUUUUUCGCGUCCUAGUGUAUUGGAAAACCCUGAUGGGUCUCCUACUAGUGACCCUAAUGAUCCUAAAUUUACCCAUGCUAUGUUGAAGACUUUGAUAGAAAAGAAUGAUUUCUAUUCCAAAGAAUGCAAUCCCCAUAUUGAAUCCUUAAUUGAUUGA